AUGUCCACCAUUGGCCACGAACGCUCGCAGCAAUUAAAGUUCUGGAAGAACACGAAAUUUAUCGGCAACAUCUUCAUCGUGCUGCUAUUCCUGUAUGUACGCUUGACUUUCCAAUACAAUAAGGUAGACAAUGUCUCAGCAGACGCCGGCGACCUGCACGGCGCUACGAACCAGGACUGGCAGCAUCCGAAUGACAACGCCAACGAGCAAGGGAAUCUCAGAAGCAAGAAACAUCUUCCAGUGCAGACGCUAGUUCAGACUGAUGCGUUUAACCACACGACAGGUGGAAACGUGGGAGAUGGAGCAGAUCAGGACGCAGCAGAAGAAAUGCUGACAGACGAGGGCCAAGAAGCUCGACGUCUGGCCGUUCGUAAUGCCAUGAUAUUCGCGUGGGGAAACUAUGAGGAGUACGCGUUCGGAGCGGACGAAAUAGGCCCAAAAGAUGGCCGGAAUUUCAGCAACGUCUGGGGCAACAUCGCCUGCUCGCUUGUCGACGGCCUCGACACGCUCUGUGUAUCAGUAUUCGAGACAAUCAUCCGUGAAGUGGGGUGUCUUUUAUACCAUCUUCAAUCCGUACACGAAGGAGAAAAGUUUACGUCUUGGGCUGAUUACCGGGCCACUAUCGCUGACGUAGGCACACUUCAGCUUGAGACACGCUACCUGUCUGACAUUACAGGAGAUCUGAAAUAUGCUGAGAUGGGCGAUGCGUUCUACAAAAUCGUACAGCGUGAAGGAUCAUACAACAAAACGGGCUUGUUUCCGGUGCACUUCGAUACCGUCCGUGGCGAGUUCGCUACGAAUAGCAGUCUUAUCACAGUUGGCUCAUUUGGCGAUUCUUUCUAUGAGUAUUUGCUGAAAGUGUACAUUCACAGUGGCAAGCGCCAGGAGGACAAGUAUCUCCGCGAAUUUUAUGAUGAUGCAGUGAGGGGCAUUGAGGAGUACCUGCUGUACUUCUCCAUCCCAGAUAAUCUUUACUUUUUGCAUGAAAUAACAGUGCCGUCGCUCUCGCGUGAUCUAAGCAUGAGUCAUCUCGCUUGCUUCGUUCCGGGAAUGUUAGCACUUGGCACACUGUCCGAGACACAAGAUCACGCAAAGAAUGCCAAACAUCUCGAGUUAGCGGAGAAGCUAAUGGAAACUUGUUACCAGUUAUAUCACCGCCAGGUGACAGGAUUAUCCCCUGAGCAUGUGAGCUUCCCGAUGAUGCAAGCGGUUGAUUCCAGAUACAUUCUUCGACCAGAGACUGUCGAGAGUCUCUUCUAUCUGUAUCGCAUCACCAAGAAUUCCAAGUACCGUGAGUACGGCUGGAAGAUUUUUGAGGCGCUGGAGACCCACGCAAAGACGAAGUACGGCUACGCUGUUGUUGCGAACGUAACAACGUUGCCAGCACAAACGGAGAACAAAAUGGAGAGUUUCUUUCUUGCAGAGACACUCAAGUACCAUUACUUGUUGCAGGCACCCGAGAGUCUCAUUCCUCUUGACGAAUAUGUCUUUAAUACCGAGGCGUAUCCUCUCCGCAUCCGCAGGAAAAACUAA